AUGUUUUCCUCCGGCUCGGGGAGCGGCAAGAAGGUCCCUCCGCAGCAGGAGAUGGUCCAAGUCGACCGAUCAGAUGCGUCUCCGUUCUGGAGGCAGCCCUCGACUUCGGCGCGGAGUCGGGAUGGGAACAAAAUCGUUGGCGCAGCAUAUUCGCACGCCGAUAUGCUCAAAAUUGAUGCCCUAAACGUUUCGGGCAGUUCUUCGAGGCCACAAUCCCGACCGCAUACACCACCUUCGGCUCCUCUUUCCAAACCACCGAAAAACAUCAUGACCUCUCCGCCUUCAAGACCGGUGCCUGGGCUGGGCUCGCCGCCGAUCAAGUCGUAUGUGAACUUUCUCUCUAGAACCAACGAUGACUGGAAAAUGGACGAGGGUGAUGAUUAUGAGGAUUACGGAGAUGACGACGGCGACGACUUUGGCCUCCCCAGCCUUUCCAGCACGAAAAGGAGAAAUACGCGGAGGAUGGCGGAGGAGCAGGAGAGGAGCGUCAGUCAUUCUGCUGCAACAAGCCCACUUGCGAUGCGACAAUUCGAAGACACUGGCGACAUAGCAAUUGAGCGACCAUCAUCUGCAUAUCCGAUAUCUAAGAAGAGCGAGGGCAAGAUAUUAAGGCCACAGUACAAGGAUAUUCUGAAAGACCCAGCCAACGCCCUACACUUAAUCAGCCACCCAUCGACGCCGCACGAUGCUACACCCAAGGAAGUUGAUGCGGCAAACUCCAGGAUCACAAGAAUCAAUAAAUUCAAAAAGAUACUGCAGUCAUCCUCAAUACCGUUGACAGAGCUGAGGGCUUUGGCGUGGUCAGGAGUGCCGGAAGAAGUGCGUGCCAUGACCUGGCAAUUGCUGCUUAGUUAUUUACCAACAAGUAGCGAGAGGCGCGUUGCGGUACUGGAACGCAAGCGCAAGGAGUAUCUUGAUGGUGUUCGGCAAGCAUUCGAGAGCGGCAGUGGUGUCAAAGCCAGCAGCAGCAACCCUCCAUCGACACCGGGCAGGGGUGGCAGGGGCUUGGAUGAGGCAGUAUGGCAUCAGAUCAGCAUUGAUGUGCCACGCACAAACCCGCACAUCGAGCUUUACGGGUACGAGGCGACCCAGAGGUCACUCGAGAGAAUACUGUAUGUCUGGGCCGUGCGGCACCCGGCUAGUGGCUAUGUACAGGGUAUCAACGACCUCGUCACACCUUUCUGGCAGGUAUUUCUGGGUACCUACAUUACAGACCCGGACAUUGAGAAAGGCAUGGAUCCGGGCCAGCUACCACGGGCCGUGCUUGACGCAGUGGAGGCUGAUACGUUCUGGUGCUUGACGAAGCUGCUGGACGGCAUUCAGGACCACUACAUAGUGGCACAGCCCGGAAUCCAGCGGCAAGUCUCUGCAUUACGAGAUCUGACGGCUAGGAUAGACGAGCAGCUGGCGAAGCACUUGGAGAGAGAGAAUGUCGAGUUUAUACAGUUCAGUUUCAGGUGGAUGAACUGCCUGCUCAUGCGGGAGAUAAGUGUAAAGAACACAAUCAGGAUGUGGGAUACGUACAUGGCCGAGGAAAACGGCUUUUCCGAAUUUCAUCUAUAUGUUUGCGCGGCAUUCCUGGUGAAAUGGUCUGCCAAGUUGACCAAGAUGGACUUCCAGGAGAUUAUGAUGUUUCUUCAGUCACUGCCUACCAAGGAGUGGACUGAGAAGGAUAUAGAACUGCUGUUGAGCGAGGCGUUUAUCUGGCAAAGUCUUUACAAAGGAUCGUCAGCGCACUUGAGGGCGCCUUCAUCCAGCCGAAGCCCUUCUAUGGGCUUUCAGUUGUAA